CUUCACAAGAUUCCCGACGACGAACAGAACGCCGGUCGGCAAUUACGCAGCAGCAACCCGCUCUCCUCCCCUUCACCAGCAUCGUCGCGCCCACCAUGGCCAUCACUCCGACCCAAUUUGCAAAGACGACUCGGCAGUCGGCCAACUGGAACGACGCAAAGCGCCGGGUUCUCUCUACGUACAGAGAAUGGAUCCGAGCUGCGCCUGAGAUCCAGACGAUGUACAAUGUUCCCCUGCCCGUGUCCGUCCUCCGCACACGGAUACGCGAGGAGUUCGAGCGUCACAGGUUCGCCAAAAAGCUUCCCGUGGUGGACGUCCUUCUCUUCAAGAGCCACGCCGAAUACCAGGAGACGAUGAACUUUUGGAAGCAGACCACGCACAUUAUGUCCUACUUUAAGGAGGAGAACUUUAGAGGCGACAAGCGGUUGCCCAACAGCUUCAUGACCGGAUUCUUGGAGGGCCGCAACUAAGAGCGCUGGAUGGAAUCAGAGCUCGUGUACAUAAACUAUACAACAAUUUCAACAACGAAAAAAAAAACCAUUUCCCGCAAAA